AAAAGAAAAAAACUUCCUAUUUAUUUAGGAGAGGUAAGUAAUCGAAGAGCCUCCCUCAAAGUGUCUCGUUUUCUGUACAAGAACAGAAUCCGUAGAACUCAUGAUUUAUUACGCCUUGCUAAGUAGUGCCCAUAGAAGAGACUAUAAUUACUUAUACCGUCUGAAUAUGCAGUGAGCAUCUAAUAGUAAAGGUUUCAAUGAAUAGAUAAACCUCGACGAUGAAAAGGUAACACAUAUAGGGGAGUUACAAACUUCAGUAACAAGGCGCUGCGGACGAAUAUCAGCCACUUGGAGGGAUCCCUGCAUGGCGGUUAGACAGGGCAACGGACUUUCUCCUUUUGCCCAGUGUGCUAAUGAAUACUUGAUUUCCUGCUGGUCUCUAGGCUGUCUUAAAGAGGCGCGGAUGACCUCCUUUGUCUUCCUCCUGCGCCGCCUCCUACCAGUCUUCGAAGGUCCGUCUACAUAGGAAGAAAAAGGAUCACCAUGCGGCGGAGGGUAAGGUUCAAGGCGGCCCGCGGGAGGGAGAAGGUCGGCAGUAGAAGCGGAAUUCUCAGGCAACCAGAAAUCUUUUUCACAACUCCGAUAAAUCUGGAGUGGAUGAAUUCUCACCCUGAGUGUCCUGCCAGUCAGGGGUUGCAAUUCCGUGGAUCCAGCACCAACUCGGAGUCACUUAACACAUACCGUGGUGAGAGGUGUAUGCCUUCAUCCUGGUGUUUGGUGGUGUCCAUCCUCUCUCCUACAAUCGGCGACGUUAGAGACUGGCAGCACCUGCAGGGUCUUCAUCAGGGACUGAUGUGGAACUGAUACGUUUCCCCAUCACAGUUCUUUUCACCAGUCUUGCAUCGAGGCUCCCUGGAUGUGCUGGUGAAAAAUAAAACCGAGUGAACGGUGCAUAGAAUUAUGGAGACUAUAAUGAGAUGGAACAUUAACACCAAUUAUUACAGAGUAAAAUCAAGAUAAUUACUUCCCCCACAA